ACAGGUGGAGUAAAGUCAGUGUCAGUGAUGAUAGGAGAUUCAGUCACUCUGUACACUGAUGCUAAAAUUCAGACGUAUGAUUUUAUCGAAUGGAUGUUUGGAGAUAAACGCACACGAAUAGCUCAAAUAAAUAAACCAGAUGCACGCUUUGUUAUGUAUGACGGUGAUGAUGGGAGAUUCAGAGACAGACUGAAUCUGAAUGAGCAGACUGGAUCUCUCACCAUAAGAAACACCAGAACUGAACACCGUGGAGUUUAUGAAGUAAAGAUCAGCAGUAACAGACAUUCAUUACACAGAAGAUUCAUUCUGACUGUCACUGCAAUGGGUCUGUCUUUAAGUACUGUGGCACAAGUUUGUGGUGCAUUCCUGCUCAUUAUUGUUGUAGCUGUUGCUGUGUUUUGGUAUUGCUUCAGGUAUCAGGGAAGAGUACCAAAUUUGGCUGUAAUAGAUAAGGAGAUGGAGGUGAUGAAGGGAGAUUCUGUUACUCUACACAAUGAUCUUACUCAAAUAUUGAGUGAUACUCGUGUAAUAUGGAGCUUUGGAUCUAAAGAAGUCACCAUUGCUAAAAUAAUAAAAACAGGCAGCAAGUGUGUUGAUAAGAGAUUUAAAGACAAACUGACACUGAACCUACAAACUGGAGAUAUCACCAUCAAAGACAUCCGUAAUGAACCAUCUGGACUUUAUCAUCUACAUAUUACAAAACGUAAACUCUUGUCCAAGACAUUCAAUGUGAUUGUCAUCUGUAAAGAAAUGACAGUGAAUGCAGGAGAAUCAGUCACUCUGGAGACUUCUAUUACUGAAAUAAAGACAGGUGAAAAGAUUGAGUGAAUGUUUGGAGAUAAAGACUCUGUCAUAGCUCAAAACAGCGCCCUUAAUACCUACCAUACAUAUGAUGGAGAUAAUGGCAUAUUUAAAGAUAAACUGGAGCUGAAUCCACAGACAGGAGAUCUCACCAUCAAUGACAUCACACAAAGACACGCUGGUGUUUAUACACUAAAGACCAUCAUCAAUGAAAAUGUUUCUUUUAGGAGACUGCGUGUGGUUGUCACAGAUUUGCCUGCGGAGCUUUGUAAUGAAUUAAAACCUUUGAUGAAUAGAGAAACGUCCAGUAGAGGUGAUGUCUCAUGACCAACAUUACAAAUACAAAGCAUUACUUACAAAAUCACCCUUAUAUCAAUAAGUUUAAGUUGUUCAAUAUCCACCUGUAUGUUCAUGGUGUAACGGAUCUGCCAGGCAUUUA